AAUAUUACUUGUAACCGGUAGUAAUAUUUCACCUGGGCUUUUUUAAUAUAUCUAACUAAAAGGAGUGUUGUGCUUACGUAUGUACUAAUUGUAUUGCCGUUUUAAAGUUCUAUUUGUUCAACAGGAUAAUGUGAUAUUCAAUCAGCCAGGAUCUAAGAUACAAACAAAAUUCCUGUGUCAUAAGAGAGAAAUUACACCUGAAGAAUCACUUUUUCAUACAUCAAGAACAGAACCAGGGUCCCACACAAAAGUACACAAUGAGUGGGCUGAAUCCAUUCAGAAGGACUGUAGGCUUCUACGAAGUUAUGGCUACUUCUCUUCCUCAACCGUGUGAAGUUAGCCAAGUGUCUUCGGCACCAUCAAACGACAAAUACAGACAAGUGCCUCAGAGUAAUCCACACAGGUUACAGGGAGAUACUUCGCCAAAUAAUCAUGUAAAUUUUAAGUUAAAUAGAGAACAAGAAGUGGAGAAAAAGAAAAAAUAUUUCACAGCAAAAUAUGGACAGCACCAAAUGAUGUUGAUUAGGAAACGCUUGGCAGUGGAAGAAUGGGUCUACGAAGCUCUUCGGGAUUUAUACGAUUGCCUGGAAUAUGAAGAUGAUCAUACGUGCAAGUUAGAUGUAGAAGAUAUUUUAAAUUAUGAUACAGAUGAAGAAAGAAGACAAUAUGCAAUGGAAUGUUUAACAGAUGUCCCCAAACCAAGGGAGGAAGUUAAUAAUUUUGUUGAAGAAUUACUGAAAAAGGCAAACACACUAUAAUGUAGCUUUAUCUAUCUUGGCAUGUGUGGAAGUGUGUGCUGCAUCGUGGGUAUCCCAGUCACCAUCAUCGUCGUCUCAGUUCUGGAGUUACCAAGGAAUCAUCAUCAGACACUAGUGUAUCUACAGACCAUGUGCUCAUCAUCAUCGUCAUCAUCAACCUCAUCAUCAUUGUUAUUGCCGCUACAUCACCAUCAAUGUUGUGGUAGCAUCUACUUUGAUAUUAUCAUAUCUUGUAUAUAAACCUUGUCAUCUUUCUUAUCAUGUAGAUCAGUAUUACAGCGGCUGGAAUACAAAUGAAAUACAACUGAUUUCGUCCAGAUCCAUUUUGCUGUGCUUUUUUUAAUCUGUACUUUGUACAGACAAACCUCUCUGGUGUUGUCUCAACAAGCAUUUUAUCAUGAUUACCUCCCUUGUGAAAUCAAGUUACUUCCCUUCUGGGUGUGACCACAAAUUUUAAUUUUUGCCAAUAUUUAUUGUAUUUGUAUUCAUUCUCAAAAAAACUGCUAAUAGUGUGUGUACAGUUAGAAUACAACAUGAAACACAUGUAUAUAGUUUAAAUGUAUGAUAAUUUAUCACGUGUACAGUCAAUCAAUAGAUACACACUAGCAAUAAUUUCCCACCCUAAAAAUGACUAAAUGUUUUUAUUAUAAACUUAUUGUAAAGAUAUACUACCCAUGCUGCCUGUCUCCCCCAUCCCAGCACAGACACUAAGUAUCUACUUUUAAAGACAUUAGCUAAAGAUGGUAACGGUAAAUGUUAUGAACUUUUUAAGUUUCAGUCCUAUAUUUUAUUACUCUCGGCAACAAUCUCAGUUCUGUGCACAGCAUUUACAACUGUGGGUGGGGGAUGGGUUUUUUUAGAACAUUUGGACCAUCAACAGCAAAAAGUCAUUAAAAACAGAAGCAAACCCCAAUAUGCACAAUAUUUUUUCUUUUUUUUAAAUCCAAAGGAAAUUAUGGUGUAAUGUGUACACACCUAGCGCAUUCCCAAUUGUCUAGAUAUGGGUCUGAGAUUUUUAGUUGUCAUAUGUUUGCACUGAUGUGUGUGCACAAGUUUACAACAACAAUAAGGCAGCAAAGCAAAUCAGGUUUCUGACAUCAUAGAAAUAUAACGAACAAAAAUCGUGUCAUGUCUUUAAAUGGCAUCAACCAAUGAAAGCAAAUGCAUUCAAUCUAAUAUUGUCUGUAUUUUGCUAUCAGACCAAAAGUUACAGUUUCAAAUAAAGGGAAACAAGUACACUUAUAAUGUUUUAGUUAUCACACAAAAAAUUUGAAAAAAGGUGUAUUAUCUGAAUUAGUGUUUGUGUCUAGGGAGAGUGUUUGAUGGGGCAAUUAUCUUUUUAUAAAACCAAAAAAACAAACAAAAGUGGAACAAUCAUUGUAUGAAAAUGGAUGAAAAAAUAUAUUUGGAAAUGCAAGCUUACUAGAUGGUUAUUUUCAUAGCUGAAUUUACAAUUACUGAUGCUGGUAAUACAUUUUAACUUUAGGUCCGAGAUAAGUUUUCCUUAGUUAUAUGUAUAUGUCUUUUUAUUUGAAUUCCAUGAAUACACUUGCCAGCACCAUUAGGAAAUCCAAUAUAAUUUAUGUAGGAGAAAUACACGCAUGUUGUAGAUUGGAGUUAUUACUUUUUAUGAGUAACUUAUAUUUUAAUAAGAACUGUGUGUACAGCAACCAAUCUUUCACCGGUUUGGUGUUAUUGUUUUUAUGAUAUUGAACUCUGUUAUUGUUUUUAAGAAUCAGUGCCAAGUGUUUGUGUUAAUUAGCUUAUUUAUAGGUGUACAGUAAUAAGCAAUACAAAGACAAACCAACAUAGAAUGAAAGGUGUAGUUCAUCACUGGAUGUGCUUUUUCUAAUUUUCAUUUUUUUCUCUAAUUUGAAUUAUUUAUUUUAUUUUAUUUUAAAUAUAGAUUUUAUUUUAUUACUUAGCUAGCAGAGAAUGCCACUUAAAGGAAAUUUUAUGAAAAUAUUAAGAAUAUUAUGGCCAUUAUAAAUGAUAUUAUAUUUUUUUAUUUUUAAUGAACUUAUUCUAUCAGAUUGGCUGUUCUCCCAAACUACCAAGAGUUAUAACCCCUUAAUUUUGAAUUUAGUGACUACCUUCAGUUGGUGGGGAGAGAAAAUAAAAACAUAUAUAUGUUACAGAGAAUACAUAUUAUUAAGGAUUAUAUAUAAUGAUGCUUCGAUGUUAUCACUUGUGUUUUUGAUAGUUGAGGUAAUAAAAGAGAUUAUAACAAAGAAGUAGAAAUUUAGUUUUAGAUCUAUAAUUAUUGAUAAAACAAUUUUAGGGAAUAUGUAUAAAAUAAUAGACUAUAUUUCAAUUCUUAUGUAUAAAAACUAAACUCUUCUGGGAUUAUACAUAAUUUCUGAGUGAAUCAGACAUUGCACAUACAGGUAUUACCUAAACAUUAUAUGUAUUCUCUGUAACAUAUUGAUAUUUUAAUAACAGACAAUAAAAAGAGAGGAUUGGUCACUUUAGUUGAUGAAAGAAAGUUAAAGACUGGCUUAAUAAGAUUUUAUAUUGACAUAUAUGACACAUGUACGCAGACAUGUUUUAUGAGUGCUGAAUAAAAUGUUCUAUUCAAGGGGAAAUAACUUUGCAAUUUUUAAUCUAAUUAAUAUUAUAUAUAUGCAAAUUAUUGAUGUCUACUCAAUAUAUUAUAUCAGCAACAAGACUAUAAAUCAUUUUUGAUCAUUAGUGUUUGCUCUAUGAGUCAGUAUUUUUUAUGUUAGAUUUAUACAGCUGUAAAAAAGGGCACUAUUGAAAAUCAGAUACAUUAUGGAUGUUUUAUGUGUUAUCAUGGUCAACAUGUUUGUGACAUUUUUAGAAAAGGCAAAAUUUUAGUUUCAUUUAUAGACCUGUUGCACCCAUAAAGUGAAUUGUGUGUUUGUGUAUAAGAAUUUCCACUGAUAAAUAUGACUAAAACUGUGUAAUCUACACCGGCCCAGACAAUUUACUAUUAUGCAAGACGAAUCUCUCCUAUGGAAAUACUGCUGCUCUUGCAAGAAUCUGCUGCACUAUGUUCAUUUACUAAUUUCAGAAGGAUAGAUUGUAAUAAUUGAAUUUUCAUGAGCUAGCAUAGCCACUAGUCCUUGAUUUUAGUUUGUUAAUUUUGGAUAUUUAUUUUGGUUUAGUACUAUAUUACAUAGAUAAUAUUCUCUUGUACUCGGUUAAACAAUUGUUUUGUUUUGCUGUACCAUCUCAUGUACUUUCCUUCUUUUAGUUAAUAUUUUAGCCCUUUGCACAGGGUCUUUUAAUGAACACUUCAGUAAUUGUAUCUAUAUAACAUAUUAAUAUUAAUAAAUUGUAUAGACACGCCAUAAAAAUCACAAGAAGCCCCUUUUACCGUUUUUAUGCCACAUUCUUCAGAAGUUAAGACUAGUCUGUCACUACUGAGUGUGGACUUUAACAGGAUGAAACAAACUUUGGUUUGUUCAGUAACAAACUAACUUUUACAUGGGUUAAUCAGAUUGUAUGAUUUGAUUUUAGCCAAUAGGGUGAGCCAAAUAGUUGCACAUGUGAGCCAAGCCGUAAUACACGUACUUAAUGAACUGAUCUUACCUCAGUCCAUAUAUGAACACACAUAGAUUUUCAAAGUACAUGAUCACCACUGGCAUGCAUGAAAUAAAAAUGUUCUAAGUUACAUGGCAGUAUAAUGAAAUGGGUUUUUUUUUUCUUUUUUAGAAAGGUUCUCAUUCUUUAUUAGAUAUUGAAUAGAGCUAUUAUAAAACAUUGCAGCAUUGCACAUGUAUGCAGUCUGUAUAUCGUUUUAAAAUAGUCACAAACGUAAUUGUUUGUAUAACAUAAAUUAAAAUUCACAAAUUUCACUAAACGUUUUGAAAAUUGUGCAUACAUAACUAGAUGGCUUGUACUAUUGGUAAAAUCAAACUGUUGUUGACCAGCCCUUGAUCCUUGGUACAAUGUAUAUGCAAAUUUAAUGACAGUUUGCUGUUAAACAAAGAAGUGUUCGUUUCAUCUUGUGAAAAUGCACACUCGAUAGCGACUGGCUGUAUAUUAUUUUAUAGACGCAAUCUUGAAUAUAUAUAUUUUUAAUUUAACCAUGUAGAAUAGAUCAUUCACAUUAUUCCAUCAAUUGAAAUCCUUGAGAUGUAGUCACCAAUCUAUGUCAUUUAAAUGUAUUAAAAGUCAUGUCAUAUCACGGCAGGCGACUGUAUACGAUGAUAUGUGAAUACACACAAGUAAAUUGAAACUAUUGUUGUGUUUGUAUAUAGCAUUAGGAAACAAUGUUGUGAAAUGGGGAAGUGAGAAUGGAACUUUAUUGCAUUUUGUCUUGCUCAUGUUACUAACUUGGCUUAUCACUGAGGAAAUCCUAACAUUUUGUUUACCAUUUUACUGCUGAAGAAUGUUUGUUGGGUCAUACAAUUUUGUGUUGAAUGUAUAUUAUGUAAAUUAUUUCCUUACAUUGUAUUUAUAUAUGUAUUUUUCUUUAUACUAAUCAGUGGGUUGUUUUAACAUAUAUGUUGCACCUAUAAAAUUAUGAUCAAGUCUUUAUGUUGCAAUUAUUUUUCGUUUAAAAAAACCCCAAUUGCAUUGUAAAAUUAAUUUUAUCAUUUUGAUUCUAUUUUGAUGGCUAAAAAUUAAAAAAUAAAUCCUCUCUUGAUACAUGUAUUAAUAAAUUAUUAAAUUACAUUUCAUUUUAUUUUAAUAUAGAUCUGGAUACUUAUUUUAUUCUCGGUUUAUGGCUAAAGAAGAAAAACAAUACUUGAUCUUAAGAAAAUAGUAAAUUAUGUUUCACUUUGUAUUUCAUUUUAUAUAGUACUGACACAUGGUGAGAAAUAGUCGUUUACUUAAAAGUAAACUUUUAUUAUGUCUGACCAAAUGCACUGUCACAUUGCAUAAUAUUUGUGUAUUCACUAUUACUCAUGCCACUGGUCUGAUGUUUACAAUUUAAAAAAUAUAUAUAUUUUAAUUAAGUUUUAGUGUAGAGACAUCUUCAAUAUUUUUCAUUCAUUGUAAUUUGUAAGUUUACAAGGGGGACAGUUGCACCUGCAUGAAAAGGUAUGCUCUUUUACCUUGAAGAGACCCUCUAUUACUGUGUCAUGCUUCCUUUUGUACUGCCAUCCUACUUACUUUAGGUUGCACAAACCUGCACAUUCAAAAUUUAGAAAACAAAUCUAUUUGUAAGAAAUAUUUGCUUAGCAAAUAGUAAAAUAGUUUUAAUUGGUGUGAUUUGGAGAGAUUUUGCUUUCUGGGUUUGUGGGUGUGGGUGGUUUGGGGGUUUUUUUUUAGGGGUUUUUUUUUUUGUUAUCAUCCUGUCUAAAGACAAACCAGUUUUUAUUUUGUUCUUGAAUCUGUUGUUUAUGAAUCAGAUCAGUUUGUUAAUAUUUAAUUACUAGGCAAUAUUAGUGUGAUUUAAAAAAAUUGAAUGUUGGUUUAUUUGUAAAUGGCAUUGUCCUAUAUAGUCUGUGAAAUGAUGAAGGCAAAGCUGCUAUUGAAAUGUUGGUAGAAAAUUAGUUGUGAUGGACUUGCAGUUAGUUGUGUUUAAUUAUUUUAAUAUGAUCAUUUUGUGAAAGUAAAAGAUGUUUAGGCAUUUUGCAAGAUAUUGUCUUCCCCAUUUGUUUCCAUAUAUGCCCACAAUGAUGAAGAUGUCAAUUAAAAUGUGUUUUUUUGAUAAAUAAAUUAUAGGAAAAUGGGCUAGUAUGUUCUACAGACUUUCUUUUUUUAUAUCGUCUAAGAAAAUUAAAGAAGUAGCAAAUCAGAUGUGUUUGGGAUAAACUGCUGUGUUAAAUUUUGUUAUAUAUUUACUAAAGAAGAUGUAGCGUUUUAAUACAGUAAAACCCCGCCAAACCAGACACCCUUUGGUCCAAGAAAAAUAUCUGGUAGUGAGAGGUUACACUGUAGUUUAUUUUUAUCAGUCUGUGUGAAACCCUGUUCUACUGUUGACUCAGAUGACUGGUUUGAAUUUGUGUGUGUUUGAUAGAUUUUAUAUUAUAGGUUUUUUUCUGAAAUGCUGAGGCACUUUUAGUAGCAAGUAAAAAUAGAUCCACCUCAAAGGGGUAAACUCUCAAAAUCUGGAAUAUAAAUUCUCAAAAUCUCAGGAACCGCCAUAUAUGAUUUGAAAUAUGGGCUUAGGUAUAUCACAAAACUUUUUUGUUAGGGGUGAAGGCUCUAGUAUUUCUAGAUGGUGUGCUCUGGUUUCAUGUUCUCAUAAAGAACAUCAGGCUUUCUGCCAGAAAAUAAUUUGAGGGUACGUGACCCUAUUAAGUGGUUAUGGGUUUGAAAUGUUUUGAAAUUGAACAUUGGAUUUCAUUCACUUUUCCAAAUGUUAAAUAGCAGUUCUCAAAUUUUAAUUUUUAUAACCAUAAAAAAAAUAUAUAUCCAUUAAUUUGCAAUAUUUUAGGAUACAUACUUUUACCCUCCAUAACCUCUGGCAGAAACCCUGAAUAUUUUAUAAUUUUUUAUUGUUAUAUAUGCAGGGCACGGAAUAAUCAUAUUCCAGUCAUGAGAACCCAACUUUUAGUACACCGUUGGUUGGAUAAUGAUUACAAAUGCAUUGUCACUACUUUUCUCAGACUAAAAGUCAGCAAUAAAGUGAAUCUUCUUGUUGAGCCUGAUCUUGUUUUAUUUAUCUGAAGAUAUAACUUACCAUGGAAACCACCUACUAUUGACAUAAACGAAACGAAUCACCCGACAUGUUUAGCACACAUCUGUCCAUUAAUGCAGACUCCACAGACAUUUCAGUAGUAGUCUGAACAUGUGCUUCAAUGAUCUUGUCAGAAUUGUGCAAGUUCUGAUGGAAAACCAUAUCGAAGACAGUAGAUUAAUGUGAUGUAAAGUUUUUGCCCGACACACCUACCAACUAAUCAGUUUAGAGUCGCGAUAAUGUCAACAGUCUUGUCAGUAGGUGUAUGCUGAGAUAUAAGAACCCACUUGACCACAAUUGUGGUAACGAAAUAUUUUGAAUUUCUAUGCCCUGUGUAUGUUGUAGGAGUUGGUUGGUUGUUUGGGUGUUCUUGUUUUUUUUUUUGGGGGGGGGAGGGGGUGUUAGGGUUUGUGGUGGUUUGCUAUCAUAAUUUGUGCCUUUUAUGGCAGCAACAUCCCACUGUCUUCAUAAGGAGAUUGUAAUUGUCUGUUAUCUACGUAAUAUCUAUAUUUACUCAGGAAUGGCCAUUUUAUAUAAUCAUUGUAUCAAACGGCUACAGUAAAGAUUGAUAUUGUGUAGAUAGUAUCAGAUUGCAAUUCUUGGAGUUAAGGCAGUAGGUUGCUGCCGAAAUGUUGGGCAAAAAUUGUGACAAAAGUGAUGAAGUGUUUAAACUUACCAAGAGUGUGAUUUUUGUAGUGGUUUGGGGUUGGGGUUUUUUAGUUGGGUUUUUUUUGUGGGGGUUUUUUUUUGGGGGGGGGUGAGGGAGGCAUGUUUUAUAUUCAUUAAAUAUAGGUUUUAUAAGCAGAUUACCCAAUACUUCAUUUCAGACAGAAACAAGAUGCUAAAAAUAAAGCACCUCUUCAAGAAUAUUUCAUAUUUUACAUAAAAUUACUUAGUAUAUAACAAGUGGUUGGUUGGGGGAGGGGGGUUAUCACCAGAUUAACCAAAUGUAUUUCAGAUAAAAAUUAGUGGAUGGAAAUGUCGCACCUCAUAAAGAAUAUUUUGUAUUUUACAUACAAUUGUAUAACAAAUUCAAAAUUUAAAGAUUGUAGUACAGUUUACUGAUAUUGGUAUUGGACACAUUGUGGGCUUAUGGAACAAUAUUUUCUGCUGUUUUGACAUAACUCUGUUUAUGACCAGUUACAUGUGCCAUGGCUGUUAGUAAAUUAUUCAUCACUUGAGGAUCCCUCAAGGAAAUGUUUUAUCUCAACACAAAUAAAAAAAUAAGUUGAAAAAAA